CACCAGCCUUUGCCGCCCUCCACCGUGGUUCUUUCUUUGUCAUUUCCGUCGACAAUGCCGGAACUCGCUGUCGCUAUACCCACAUCUUCUUCAUCACAGUCGUCCCCGUCAUCGACGUCGCCACAGACGACUAAUACCCUCGUCGUGACCUCGCUCCCGCCUCCGUUCUUCCAUCCCCUUGUCUUGGAGGCGUUGCGUGACCACUUUGCGUCGUAUGGCGAGAUUUACGCGUGGGCGCCUUUGCGUACGUUCGCAAGGGUCAUAUUGGUUUUCAAGGACGACGCGGACGCAGAGAUGGCGAAAGCACACUGCGAUGGCCUGACCAUCGAGGCCACUUCAGAGACAGCAGAGUUCGUCAUCCGCGUGUACCGCGGCGACCGCACGCAUAUCAUCGAGGCCCCAGCGGAGGGCCCCGAUCCCAAAUACCUCCGCCCCCCUGACAUCGAGAAGAACUUCCUUAUCUCGCCUCCAGGCUCCCCGCCGGAAGGCUGGGAGCCGAUCAAGGAGGACCCGCCGAAUUCGGUUCCGCUCGCCGACGACCUCAUUGCCGCGCUGCGCAAGCUACAGCUCGCUGAGCGCGCGCAGCACGGGUCGAACAUCGAGGUGCUGGUGCACCCGGAGGACGGCGCGGGGAUCGGUGUGUACGUUGAGGACUGCGACGGCGAGGCGCUCGCGGGUCCCGAGGGCGAGGAGGACUGGGAGUAUGGGGACGAUAACCCGUCGAGGAUGCGGUGGAAGCCGACGCCAACGUCGAUGCCGCCUGUCCCUUGGGUGGUGGCGUAGACGCCCGCACGCAUUUUUUGAAUCGAGGCCUUGAUAGCCAUAUCUGUCGCAUCUCAUUGUCGCUAUCGCUUUAUGAUCAUGCUCUCCGUUUUUCUAGGGAUUUUUUCACCGCCUCGUCUGUGUACUGGUACGACUUGCAUGGACUAUGUAUUUACGGAUCUACUUUUUUUUCUUUCACGCACGCCUGUACAAUACACGUUUUUUGAACCGCAUGGAUUGAUUGUAAGCCCGGGA